UACUACCUGAACAAAGCAUUGCAGUCAGUUCUGUCCGAAUUCGUCCGCCGCACACGUAUUGGGCUGCCGGAAUUGGUUGAGUUACUACGGGGCCAAACAUCGGACGACUUCAGGCCCAACAAAAACAUGAUUCCAGCCGUGCUGCGGCAAGCGUGUCGAGACUACAAAUAUCUACCACACCUACUUGACAUUGCAGAAUCCGGUGCGCGGGUGCCGUUAGCCGGCCCGCUCCCGCGCCAAUCCGUGCGCCCGCCCAACCACCGUUCCGCAGACGAAAGAUACAAUGUGCUCGUCAAAAACAUCCGGCGCGAUCAAGAU